GACACACACCAAAAAACCUAGAUUCUCCCCAAACUUCAUCCAACGGCACAAACCGCAUAAAUAAAUAAUAGCCCUAUCAAAGUAUAAUAAUAAAUAUUGAAACUGGAUAGCUAUGGUUUAGUCCUCGAUGAAUGCGAAACCCUGAUAUUUACUCCUUUUAGCAUACACUCUUUCUAUUUCUCUCUCUCUCAACUUGAUAUGUCUCUCUGCGUCUCUUUCUUUCUCUAAAUCUUACUUUUACUUUACCUUUUUGUAUACAACCAUAUGACAAAACAACAAACGAGGAAGAGAUAGAUAGAGGGAGCGAUAUUUCUAGUCACGAUGCAGGAGACAAUACUGGAUUUUCUUGAAGAAUGUGAAUUCGUGGACACUUCACUAGCCGGAGAUGAUCUGUUUGCUAUCUUAGAGAGUCUUGAAGGCGCCGGAGAGAUAUCUCCCACGGCUGCAUCUACACCUAAAGAUGGAACCACAAGUUCCAAAGAGUUAGUAAAGAAUCAAAACUAUGAAGCUUCAUCUGCUAAAAAGAAGAGGAAAAGACUAGAAACUGGGAAAGAAGAAGAAGACGACGACGAUGGAGAAGGAGAGGAAGAAGAAGAAGAAGAUAAUAAGCAAGAUGGGCAACAAAAGAUGUCUCAUGUAAACGUGGAACGUAAUAGGAGAAAGCAAAUGAACGAGCAUUUGACCGUUUUACGUUCUCUUAUGCCUUGUUUCUACGUCAAGCGGGGGGACCAAGCAUCGAUUAUAGGUGGAGUUGUGGAAUACAUUAGCGAGCUACAGCAAGUUCUUCAAUCUUUAGAAGCCAAGAAAGAACGUAAGACCUACGCGGAAGUCCUAAGCCCGAGACUAGUCCCAAGCCCUCGUCCUUCACCGCCUGUUCUAAGCCCGCGAAAACCGCCUAUUAGCCCUCGUAUCAGCCACCAACAUCUCCUUCUCCAUCCCAUAAGCCCUCGAACCCCUCUGCCCACAAGCCCAUACGGGGGCCAUCCUCCGCAACUACCACUCAUCCCACAACCUCCUCGUUCUUACAGCUUAGGGGACCCACCUCCAUACUCCCCAGCUUCAUCUUCUUCUUCUCCUUCAGUCAGUAGUAACCAUGAGAGUAGUUUGAUAAAUGAGCUUGUUGCAAACUCAAAGUCAGCUUUGGCUGACGUGGAAGUGAAGUUCUCAGGAGCUAAUGUGCUGCUCAAAACGGUGUCGCAUAAGAUCCCAGGACAGGUUAUGAAGAUAAUCGCUGCUCUUGAGGAUUUGUCUCUCGAGAUUCUUCAGGUUAACAUUAACACCGUCGAAGAAACCAUGCUUUACUCUUUCACCAUCAAGAUUGGAAUUGAGUGCCAACUAAGUGCAGAAGAAUUGGCUCAACAAAUUCAGCAAACAUUCUGCUAAUAAAAGAAGGAUUAGAUACAUCUUCAAAUAAACUCUAACGAGAGAUCAGGGCCCCCAAAAAUCUCUCUCAAGCGACAACCCUAGAAAACUUCGAUUGCUCAUCCUUGGUGGCUCCACCUCUUACAGAGCCGUCCCUGCUCCACCGUUCUCUACUCCUAGGCGAGAACCUUCAGUGUCUUCCCCCUGGAAACAGAACCGCCGAUUCCACCUCCUACUAAAGAUAAAGGUUACAAAUGUGACCCGUCUCUUACCCUUCCACCUCUCUUAGGUUGUUGGGAUAAGCCUCUGAAGAUAGUCUCAGAUGUCGGACUCAAUAACCAACCGCUUAUUCUUCCUCAAGAGAAACCAAACAAAGGAAUCCUCCCUCCUGCUCUUAAGGAAAAUGGAGAGCUCCGGUUCCCAUGGGCUGCGAAGAUGAAUCCGCAAUCUCCACCGUGCCACUUCCCCGACUUACCUAGAGGAGGAUGGUACACCAAUGAUUGAAAUUCCUAACCAUGUACUCUUGAAGGGACUCGAAAACCAAAAGGAGUAUGUGAUUGGGCAGCUUUCCCGUUGCAAAAUACCUCCGGAAGGUCUCGUUAAUGCUGCUACUGCUACUUCAGCUGAUGAUUCAGUUGAAACCACCCCUGAAACCAAUGUCACUAACACGAUUGUGUCUUCAAGCUCGCAAGAUACCAUCCCUGUUCAUGAUUCUGUCGAGUUUGCUUCUGCCAACUCUGAAAACCCUUCUCACGCUACUAAGGCAGCUCAACAUGUUGAAGCUGCUGAUACACAUACUUCUCUAUCUGUUAUUGCAGAUGAAUCCUCUCUUCCAAGUACUAUGGGUGACCAAACUGAGUCUCAUUCACCCGCCACUAUCCCGAGCUGUAUGGCACCUGUUACCACUGAUCCAUUUAUCUUUGGAGCGGUUACUCUUCCUCCUUUGGAUGAUGACAAUCACGAUUUCUCAGAAACUCAAGAAGAUGAAGACCAAGUGUCUGCAUCGUCUCAGAGAACUUUGAGAGAAAGACCUGUCAAACAGUCCUAGAAGGGUCAUUGGUUAAGAGUCGAGGAAACGUGGGCGAGGCCUUGGCUGAAAUCGUGUAAUCUCCAGCGCACCAACUUCUUAAUUUCCAUAAUUAAGACUAUCUUUAUCUACUCGUAUGUUUGUUUCAAAUGUAUGUUCUCUCA